UAAACUAAUAUAUUCCCGCUAAACACUUAACGAAAAUUCUCACUCAUAAACUGUAAUAGACAAAACAGAAUCUCAUAAGUUUGCGUUUCUUUCGUAUGCAGAAGACUGCAACAUCAAUAUUACGAUCCACUGCGGGUGGUUGACUCGAAAUCGAGUCGACGAUGUUUCAGACGUUUAUGCAGUAACAGACGUUCAAGUAAAAGAGAAGAGGAAGGAAUCAAGUGAGUGCAAAAAAAAAAGCAUGGUAACACGAGAAAGGAAGAAAGAGCGAGAACAGUGAGGUGAGGCAUGGCAAAGAGAGGAAUGAAGUGGAAUGGAGAGGAAAGGAGAAGCGGGAGAGAAAGAUGGACGACACGGCACGACGCAGCGCACGGAGAAACCGAGUCAAACUCUCGGCCGGCUGGCGCCGUUCUGUCGGCCCCCGCUGCCUCUUGCCACUGCCACCAACAAUACGCGCCGUACACCUCUUCCCCGUUGUUUCGCCUGCCAUCGUCAGCACCAAUGCCAGUACUUGUAAUACCAACACCAAAUUGUGACGUCACCAUUUCUAUCACCAACCAUCACUAUGUUGAUAAUAAUUUUAUUUGUAUAGAGUACUUUUUAUAAAGAAAUGCUCGACCUCGUUCAAUUGCAAACUAAAUACACGUGUUUAAAACUCAUCUGUGUUGUGUCCGGUCAAGUUUCCAAGCGCGACGAGACGAAGCUUACUCGACUUUCGGGCGCCUUCGCGCAGCGGUAUUGGUGCUAAAACCGAUAUACAUGAUACAUUCUUGAACAGACCGAAGUGAUGCGGAGGCUGAAAAAGAAAUGUUCAAUGUGUUCGUAGUAGUGAUCGUAUCCGUAGAAUCGACGGCAUCGAUACUGAUGGUAAUGUUAAUAGUACUGGUCAUGGUAGUGGUGGUAACAGAGUAGUGGUGGCAGUAGUAGUGUAGUGGUAAUGGCGGUGGUAACGUUAGAGGCAGCAAAGUCACAGCGGGCAGGCAGACCAGUUGGGACUUGGGACUAUCGCACGCGUGUGCGAUGAAAAAGCACGAGGCGAAUCAGUAUCUUCUCGACCGUGCUUGUGUCAGGAUGUGCUUCGUUGAUUUUUGGACUCGAAUUAACUUCGGGUGCAACGAAAUUCAAAUACGGACUAUAAAAAGUGUCAAAAAGGAAGCUAGAAUAAUAGAAGGGAAACCUAAGAAACAACAGAAGAAAUUGAAGCAACAAAGAAGUCGCGAAACAUGUAAUGCGAUUUGCCGGUACGACUGACCGCUAUACGUAUUCGUAAGAUCUAUCUCAUGAAAAGUAAUGUAUGAACGGAAAGUGUGGUGAUCAAGACAAAGAAGAUUGUGCUUUCGUGCUUUCAAUCAUCGAUCGAUAUGGCCCAUCACAUAGUUGAAUCAGUAUCCGAAUUGUCGGUUUUAAUGAAAGUCAGUGCUACUAAUUCCGAAAGGGAUGCUGGUUUCUGUAGCGGUGGCGAUGAGGACGAUAUAUCCGACCUACACUCGCCAAGCUCCUCGGAAGAUAGUCUAGAGGUGCAAAUAACGCCGAUAUCAUUAAAAAACAAGAGAAAAUUGGCCGAGCCUCGAAAAAUUCACGAGCCGAACUUAGCACCACUGAAGAAACGAAGAUUCCAACGAAUCGAGGAAGACACCAUAACGAGCGAGGAAUCGACUAGAACUUUAAGAUCACCGAGCCCGUUUCGACCAUGGAGUUGCACCAACAAGAGCAUCGAUUCAAAACUUUCUUUAUCUAUUUCAGCUGCGGAAAUGUCAAAUCAAUCAUGCGUUUUCAACUUAUUAUCGAACGCAUCGUCAUCGUCUCCCAUUGUUUCAAAUCGAAUCAACCAUCACCAUCAUCAUCGUCACCGUCUCCAUCAUCAUCAUCAUCAUCAUCAUCAUCAACAUCAUUGUCACAACAAUGACGAUAAGAAGAAUAACAUUCGAAAAGACAAUCUGGAUCAGGGGCACGUUUCAGAGGAUAGCGUCGCAUGUGAGAUAAAUAUAAAAGGAAAUAAUGAUUUUCAAAAACAACAGGAGUUGAAAUGCCAAGAGAAUUUAUCUGCCAGAUUACGACAGUCGACGCAAACGCGUGCCAUACGUGCUGAGAAGCGCGAGUUCCUCCGUCAAAAAUCCGAUAACACGACGAUCUCGUCUGCAAGUUCCACGGCUAUAUCGGAAACAAUAUUGUCAUCGUCUACAAUAUUAUCUCCGAUUACGCAUCUCAGAUUACAAGAAGAACCUUUGUCACUUGUAUUGAGAGGCGAUGUGGCUGCCAGGGUUCCGCCGCAUCCAGCGGUGAACGGUACUUACGAGAAAUCCUGCUCAUAUUCUAUAAAAUGUACAAAUGUUUCGCCUUCAUCCUCAUCGUCUUCUCUCUCUUUUUCGUCCUCAUCGGCAGCAUCUACAACAUCAUCCUCAUCCUCCACUUCCUCAUCAUCCUCCUCUUCCUCUCUUUUGUCUUCCCAUCCUCAGCAAGAUCAUCGGUUGUCGAGUAAUGAUAAUUCUUCGACAACGGUAAUCACAUCCACGACGAUAACAACAACAGCAACCACACUGACAACGACGAUGACGAACGUUCAUAACGGUCAAACAAGGCAACACACGGUGCCGAGUCAACAGAGGAACUACAAAAAUAUGACGCGGGAAAGGAGAAUAGAAGCAAAUGCUAGAGAACGGACGAGAGUGCAUACUAUAAGCGCUGCAUUCGAUACGCUGAGACGCGCUAUUCCCGCUUAUUCACACAAUCAGAAGUUAUCGAAGUUAUCCGUAUUAAGGAUCGCGUGUAGUUACAUCAUGACCCUUGGUAAAAUUGUCGAUAUCCCCGAAGGCGAGACAGCCAACAGUUCUUCGUUAGGAGCUUGCGUGGACCUCGUCUCUAGGACCAUUCAAACAGAGGGAAAAAUUAGAAAGAGAAAAGAAGACUGAAUCGUAUAAGUACAUAAUUUGGGCUUAAUUCUAACAAUACUAUAGUCUGAUGCGAUACAAUGUAUAUAUAAACAUUUAAUUAAUUAUCAUUUAAUCUGUAAAUCAUUGAAAAUUAAAUUGAUAAAUAGUCUAACUAAAUGUUGUUCAACAAAUGUUAAAUAUUUUUCCGAUCAUCUCUUUAAAAUUUUGAUGCUGAAUAAAAGAAUAUCUACAUAUGUAUGAUGUCUUUGAUGAAAAAUAUAAAAAAUAAAAGGGAGUUGACAAGAUACGAUGUAUCCAACUCACAAAUUGAAU